AAUAGGUAAAUAAGGAAAGUGCUGCAUCUGGGGGCAACUGUACGUUGCUCUCGGAUCUUAACGACUUUAUAACUAUCGACUUUAUACGUUACCUAAAUACCGACACCGGCAUUUAUUGUAAUAUUAGCGUUCCUGGAAAAGUUAGCUAGCCCGACUGUUUGAAUGGAAAUGUCUACAAUCCAGGGUCUAAGAAAGUUUAUCGAGGAGAGACUGGGUGCUGCUGCUGAGGAAAUAUUCGGAGUUUUUCAGAAGACUAUUGUGAAGUAUGAGGAUGAGAUCGGGCGUCAGCGCAGACUGCUGGAUAAUGUUUUGAAACCCGAAAUAAAGCUAUACAAGAUAGAUCUCCGACAGCAAAAUAUCGCUAAGGAGGAGGAGGUUGCUGACCAGCAGCUCUGUUACCAGGAGAGGAACAUCAGUCUGGACCAAGAGGACCCAGAGCCUCCACAGAUUAAAGAGGAACAAGAGGAACUCUGCCCUAGUCAGGAAGGAGAGCAGCUGGUACUGAAGCAGGAGGAUGAUACCUUUUUGUUAGCUCCUAUUUCUGGGGAAAGUGACUACAGUGAACCAGAACCAAGUGACCUCCAGCACCUGUCUCACAACUCUCAUGUAGCUGAAAGCCAAGCUCAUGACAAAGGCAAGCAUGGAGACUCAGUAUCAGCUAGGAAUGCAGAGACUAAGUCAAAGAAGAGACAUCACAAAGGCAAUAUUCACAGUAACCAUGUACAUAACUCUACCAUGUCAAAGAUGAACCCAAAUACCUGCACAGGUACAAAGUGUGACACUUGUGGGAAAACAUUUAAGUGUAAGUCCCAAUUGAUUAUACAUCUGAGAGUCCACACAGGUGAGAAACCAUAUUCUUGUGAAACAUGUGGGAAAUAUUUCAGAUAUAGUAGUGGUUUGUUUGUCCACAUGAGAACCCACACAGGUGAGAAACCAUAUUCUUGCAAAACAUGUGGGAAUAGUUUCAGAUCUAGGAAUGGCUUGAUGGUCCACAUCAGAACUCAUACAGGUGAGAAGCCGUAUUCUUGCAAAACAUGUGGGAAAGGUUUCAUAUCUAGUAGUGGCCUUUUGGUCCACAUGAGAACGCACACAGGUGAGAAGCCGUAUCCCUGCACCACCUGUGGGAAAAGAUUCAGUGACCUAUCAAUCCUGAAAAGGCAUACGAGCAUCCACACAGGUGAGAAACCGUAUUCUUGUAAAACGUGUGGCAAAGAUUUCCGACUUGGCAGUGACUACAGAGUUCACAUGAGAAUGCAUGCAGGCGAUAAGCCGUACCUUUGCAACAUCUGUGGGAAAAGAUUUUGCCACUUGUCAAACUUUAAAAAGCACACAAGAAUCCAUACUGGUGAAAAGCCAUAUACUUGCACAACAUGUGGGAAAGCUUUCAGACUUAGUAGUGAAUUGACAGCCCACACUGGAAGAGCCCACACUGGCGAGAAGCCAUAUCACUGCAACACUUGUGGAAAAGGAUACUUUGGUGUGUCUCAGUUGGCAAGGCAUGUAAGAUCACACACAGGCAAGUAGCCUUGUAUUUGAAGAAUGAAGAGCCACAUAUUUGCAGUUUUUGUGGGAAAUGUUUUUCACAAAUCACACACUUCAAAAACCUGAGGAUUACACAGGAGAAACUACUGAGCUUUUGCAGUAACUGCAUCUUAGUAACUGAAUGAAGAAAGUUUCAUAUUGCUAAGAGAUUACAAUACAUUGUCAACA